AUGCGACAACCUUCCAUGGAUGCCAACGCCGAUGAGGCGUUGGCUAGAAUGGGUUACAAGAGUGAAUUGCCUCGCAAUUUGAGUAUGAUGAGUAUUCUGGGCCUUUCCUUCGCCAUCAUGGCCGCCCCCUUCGGCCUCAGCACCACCCUCUACAUCACCCUCACCGACGGCCAAUCCGUCAGCGUCAUCUGGGGCUGGGUCGUCGUCACCCUCAUCUCCAUCGCCAUUGCCGCCUCGCUGGCCGAGAUCUGCGCCGUCUACCCCACCGCCGGCGGAGUCUACUACUGGAGUGCCAUGCUCUCCACGCGGAAAUGGGCCCCCGCCAUGUCCUUCAUCGAUGGCUGGCUCACCCUCGUUGGCAAUUGGACCGUCACACUCAGUAUCACCUUCUCCGGGGGUCAAUUGAUCCUCAGCGCCAUUUCCCUCUGGAAUGAGGACUUUGUCGCCAAUACCUGGCAGACCAUUCUCAUGUUCUGGGCUGUGAUUGGGGCCUGUGCCUUGGUGAAUAUCUUCUUCUCCAAGUGGCUGGAUCUGAUCAAUAAGGUGUGCAUUUAUUGGACCGCUGGGAGUGUCGUGAUUAUUCUCGUUACGCUUUUGACGAUGGCGGAUGAGAGACGCGAUGCCGAGUUUGUCUUUGCCCAUUAUGAUGCUUCGCAGAGUGGGUGGCCUGCUGGAUGGGCGUUCUUUGUCGGACUGCUGCAGGCAGCAUACACACUCACUGGCUACGGCAUGGUGGCUGCCAUGUGUGAGGAAGUGCAGAACCCGCAUCGGGAAGUCCCCAAGGCCAUUGUGCUAUCAGUGGUGGCGGCCGGUAUCACGGGUCUGGUCUACCUGAUCCCCAUCAUGUUUGUUCUGCCCCCGGUGGAGACCCUUUUGGCUGUGGCCAGCGGCCAGCCCAUCGGACUCAUCUUCAAGACAGCCACCGGCUCCGCUGGCGGAGGCUUCGGGCUGCUGUUCCUGGUGCUGGGCAUCCUGGUCUUUGCGGGGAUUGGCGCAUUGACGGCUGCCAGUCGAUGCACGUAUGCCUUUGCUCGUGACGGAGCUAUCCCCGGCUUCCGGCUCUGGAGGCAAGUGAACCCGAAGUUAGAUGUGCCCGUGUGGGCCAUCAUCCUCUCCACCGUAGUCGAUUGCCUGCUAGGGCUGAUCUACUUCGGGUCCUCGGCGGCCUUCAACUCGUUUACGGGCGUGGCCACCAUCUGCUUGUCCAUCUCGUAUGGCCUUCCCAUUUUCAUUUGCGUGCUGCGCGGGCGUGAAGCCGUCAAGGAAUCCAGCUUCUCACUGGGGCGAUUCGGAUACGCGAUUAACAUCGUAUCCAUCUGCUGGAUUUGCCUGGCUGUGGUGCUCUUCUGCAUGCCCACCUCGCUGCCGGUGGAUGCGAGUAGCAUGAAUUAUGCGAGUGUGGUGUUUGCCGGUUUCGCGGCGAUCAGUAUCGGGUGGUAUGUGGUCUACGCGCGCAAGCAUUUCACUGGUCCACCUGUCACGGACGAAGAUAUGCCCGGCGUGAUGACGGGGAAACCAAUCGAUACGGAGAAUACUUAUGCGGCGCAUGAGAAAGCGGGGAAGGAAUGA